AUGCCUGCAAGCUCCACCCCCGAUCAACAGCAGCAGCAGCAGAACGAACAUACCAUACAGACGAAGAAGCAGAAGAGACCUGCUCUUACGCACUUUUUGUGUCUCCCACUUGUCUCAGAGACCUCCUUACCUCUACUAGAGGUCUCGUUAAUCAACUUCAAGCGCAGCAUUCCACCCAGACGCAAAACUCUAGAUGAUCAUCCGGCAAAACCACGUCCGCAACUUUUCCCAGACUCUGCAGUCCGACCAUUAGGUACUCUCCAUUUGACCUUGGGCGUCAUGAGUCUGCCAACGCCAGCACGCGUUGAAGAAGCUGCGGAACUGCUACGGUCAUUAGACGUGGGUCGAUUAUUGCAAGAGGUGGAGUCAGAACUCUCAGACUCCAACAAAAACAACAAUAGAAAUUACCACGGGGAAAAGGAGGAUAUUCAGACUACGCAGAGUCAUAGUCUACCAAUUUCAGUAUCUCUAGAGUCUUUGGAAUCACUGCCUAGAGCAAAAACAGCAACUGUACUGUAUGCUCAUCCAAUAGAUCCAACGUCUCGAUUACACCCAUUUGCAGUCAAGAUUCGCAAUGAAUUUGUGAAUGCGGGCUUCAUCGAACAGGAUUUUGUCAAGCAACGACCCAAGAAAAGUAAAGACAAAAAAAGUAGAGCUCCGAAAAAGCCUCCUGCACACAGUGGCAAUGGCGUUGACAACGAUAAUGGAAACGGAAAUAUCAUGGCUGCAGAAUCCGAAAAAGAGUGCCUUCUACAACAAAAGCCCAAAUUCAGACCAUUAUUGCUACAUGCUACUCUUGUCAAUACGAUCUACGCCUGCCGCGGGCCAAAUCCUCAUCAUAGCAGCGGAGCAAGGAAACGCCGCAAGUUUAAUGGGCCUUUGACAUUCGACGCUCGCGACAUCCUAGCACAUUAUCGCGAUUUUUAUACUGACGGUACAUGCAUGCAAGAGAAACAACCUCCUACCGAUGACAUAUUCGAAACUGGAACACCUUUAGAUCUUGCCCGCGAUGGCACAACGGGGCAAAGUGAUGACGACGACGAUGAAUCUGCGUCAUUAUCGUCAGAAGAGGAAGCUCAUCCGUCUAAAGCCAUUAUCCAGCAGCUACCGGAGCAUGGAAAGGGUGAUCAUGCUAUUCCGCAGUCGCAAACCUUAAAGCACCCCUUCAUCUGGGCAAGAAAUGUUCCAAUUGAGAGGCUGUGUAUCUGUGAAAUGGGUGCUAAGAAACCAAAUGAAAACAGCGGUUCUUUGGCUGCAAGGUUGGGCCAGGAAUAUCGUGUUGUGGCAGAGAAGAAGCUGUUCGAAUGA